AAGAAACAUCCAACUCACGGAUGUCGGGGGGCGCAUUUUAUUGUUACAUCCGAGCGGCGGCGAAUGGAGGCGAACUCAAUAUUCUGUACACAAUGAAUAUAGGAGCAAAACCAAACAUCUUUAACGAGGAGAAGUUUCGCGGAGAAAACAAAGUCACCAAUGACUUUAAAGCAGUGAACCAUGAAGUCAUCCCACCAGAUCUGUACCAAAAACUUCCUAAAGUGGAGCUCCAUGCUCACCUGAAUGGCUCUGUUAGUCCUCCAACACUUGAACGUCUAAUUGCUAAGAAGCCUCACCUGAAUAUUGAACACAGCAUGACUGUCAUUAGUAAGGGACAAAGCAGGACACUUGAAGAGUGUUUUGAAAUGUUUAAAGUAAUUCACCAAUUAACUAACACAGAGGAAGACAUUUUUGAGGUAACUAAAGAUGUUAUAAAGGAAUUUGCAGCAGAUGGAGUUAAGUAUCUGGAACUUAGAAGCACCCCUCGUGAAGAGAAAAGCACAGGGUUGACUAAAAAAAGAUAUGUUGAGACAGUGAUUGAAGCUAUUAAGCAGAGUAAAGAAGAAAAUGCUGAUAUUGAAGUUAGAUUUUUAUUGGCUAUUGAUCGACGACAUGGUCCUGCUGUUGCCAUGGAUACAGUAAAGAUGGCAGAAGAUUUCUCUCUUUCAAGUAAUGGUAUUGUAGUGGGCUUAGACCUCAGUGGGGAUCCAAUGGCAGGUCAUAGCAAGGAUUUUAUUCCAGCUCUGCAGAGAGCAAAAAAUGUAGGACUCAAACUUGCUCUGCACCUAGCUGAGGUACCAAGCCAGAAGGAGGAGACAGAGUUGUUACUAACCUUACCCCCUGACAGAAUUGGACAUGGCACUUUUCUACAUCCAGAAGUGGGUGGAUCUCAGGAACUUGUAGAUUAUGUUCGGAAAAACUGCAUACCCCUUGAGCUGUGCAUGACAUCAAAUGUUAAAGGACAGACUGUAGCAUCUUAUGAUAAACAUCACUUCUUGUAUUGGUACAACCUACAACACCCUUGCAUUCUCUGUACGGACGAUAAGGGAGUUUUUGCCACUGAACUCUCCACAGAAUAUGAACUUGCUGCUACAACUUUCAGCUUGAACUUGGCCGAUAUUUGGUCCCUGUCUACACAAGCAAUCGAUUAUAGCUUUGCACCGAGCUCUGUCAAAUGUGAUCUUCGUCAUCAGUGGCUGAAACUCAAAACAGAAAUGACAAGUACAUUAAGAUUUUGAAUAAAUAUGUUAACAUUU